UCAAAAACAUUGUCCAUAAAAGGAAGCAGGAUAACUCCGCUGGGGCUAAGGGACAAUCCAAGUCCUAUUUGAAUGGGACCGUGGCUCCAAAUCCUUCCUUCAAUGCCAGCAGCGAUGCUGCAGCUCUGGAGAAAGCCAUCAAAGCCAAAGGUAGGAGGAACCAGGGAAGCACGCCAAAGGUAGGAGGAACCAGGGAAGCACGCCAAAGGUAGGAGGAACCAGGGAAGCACGCCAAAGGUAGGAGGAACCAGGGAAGCACUCCAAAGGUAGGAGGGAACCAGGGAAGCACAUGUUGGAAGAGUUGAAUUAGUUCAACUCCUCGACAUAAACACCAAAGCAUUCUAGCAUUUCAGCGUCGUAGCUCGCAAGGUCUGUAGGUGUGUCCCAAUACCCAUAGUACCAGUAAAACAAACUAGUACAUAGUAUGUCAAAUACAAUAUGGAUAAAAUACCAGGAUGUCCUAUUGCAGCCGCUCAUGUUUUGCAGUAUACAAGCCAGCACGCUUUUCGGACCCACAAUCUUAAAAAGAUGCGUUGCAUCGACUGGUUUGGGCUGCAGUGUCAGUCGCAUGCGUGUUUCCCUGAGUCAUGUAUGACGUUGUGCCCUGCAGGAGUGGACGAGGACACGAUUAUAACAAUGAUGGUUCAGAGGAGCAACGACCAGAGGCAGAAGAUUAAGGAGGUCUACAAGCAGUCAACAGGAAAGGAUCUGACUGAUGCCCUGAAGUGGGCUCUGACGGGCCACCUGGAGGACGUGGUUCUGGGUCUGCUGAUGACCCCAGCACAGUUUGACGCCGACCACCUCAGGAAGGCCACAAAGGGCCUGGGGACCGACGAGGACAUCCUGGUGGAGAUUCUGGCGACGCGGACCAACAGCGAGAUCAACGAGAUCAAGAGGACCUUCAAGGAAGUGUACAAGACGGACCUGGAGGAGGUCAUUAAGAGUGAGACGAAUGGAGACUUCGCCCAGGCUCUGCUGUCCCUGCUGAAGGCGACCAGAGACGAGAGCAGCUACGUGGACGACGACCGGGCCAGGAGGGACGCCACGGCUCUCUUCGAAGCGGGGGAGAACGUCAAAGGGACGAACGUGUCGGUCUUCAUCGACAUCCUGACCAGCAGGAGUGGCCCUCAGCUGUCCAGAGCAUUCCAGAAGUACUCUGAUAUCAGUGACACGGAGCUGCCCAAAGCCCUGGUCAUGGAGCUGAAGGGAGACAUUGAGGACUGCCUCAUAGACAUCGUGAAGUGCGCCUGGAGCACGCCAGCUUUCUUUGCCGAAAAACUCCACCUGUCUAUGAAGGGCGCAGGGACGAGUGAGGCGGCCCUGAACAGGGUGCUGGUGAGCCGGUCGGAGGUGGACCUGAGGAAGGUGGCGGAGGAGUACCGCAGCAUGUACGGACGCAGCCUGCAGGAGGCCGUGGCGGCGGAUACAAAAGGGUAUUAUGAGAAAAUCCUGAUCGCCCUUUGUGGACCUCAGUGAAGACCCGAAACUCCACACAAAUAAAUUAAUAUUUCAAUAAACAUGAGGUGAAUGCAUGAGAUCUGCAUCCUGGGAUUACGUACUCUAUUUAAUGCUUCUGAAGCUCUAAUAAAGAUUACAAUGUUUAACGGCA